UUCCAAACAGCUCUUUUCAAGACUCACACGAUUAUAGAAUAUGAUGCAACGGGUUCAAAUCAUCAAGUUGUCAUAUUGGAAAACAAACAUGAUGGGAACGUAGUAGCAAUAAAUAAAGAUGAAGAUACUGUCAUUGCAAAGGUCAAUAACAUUUCUUUAAUCAGCAGCUCAAAACCCACCUGUAUCGAAGUCAACAGUUUCUGGCACCGUACAAGCGACUUAUUGACGGAAUCAAGCAAAACUAACUACGAGAGAACGACUGGACAACUGACAAUUUGACUAACAAUAAACGACUGUUUAACUGUGACAAUAGACGGAUCGAAACGCACCAAUAACAUUACGAGUUUUCAUAGCCAAUAACAUCACGGCUUAACCGACAGACGACCAAUAACAUCGCGACUUAAUUGACCAAUCAUGUCUAUAACCAGCGAUUAAUACCAUCAACUGACGUGAUAAAACUCACUUUGACUCUGAGGAUGACUACCGUACAGGUGAUGGAAACGUCAGUCACGGUCAACAACAACAGUCCUAUUCAGGACUAUGUUCACCCGGACGAUCAUACUCAACCUACUUAGAUUUAGCUGUCACUUUGUACAAAUUUUUAAAGCUUUUGUGUUCUAGGGUAAACUCUGGUGUUAAACCAAAAUGCGUGCCGUUUGCGCUGUUCUAUCACUUCUCUGUAACUUACUUUGUCCUUGCUAUGUCAUCUGCAGUAACUAAUCUACCAAACAAAACUUCAAUUUUCCAUGACUUUCAAGGACCGACAAUGAAAUUCCAUGACUUUCCAGGCCUGGAAAAUGAAAUUCUUAAAUUCCAUGACUUUCCAGGUUUUGCCCCUGAAGCAGAAAGAAUGCGGUUUGGCUUAAAUCAUUGAAUAAUAUCAUUACUACUGUACGUAACGGUUUAAGGUUUUUCUUUCUUUCUUUUUUUUAACAGGAACUGACCCGCCCUCCAAGCAGUUAUGACACACUGGAAGAAGUCAGAGCAGAGCACCCAGAAGCGUUGUUCUACAAGGUGCCAAGAGAGCCAGGGUGCGUAAAAUUUUACUUCAAGUCCUACCUUAAAGACAAGCAGAGGAUCCUUGGAUUUGAUGAUUACGGCAAUGCUUUGGACCCAACUCAAGUUCAGCUCGGCCAGAAGGAAAGUCUGUUCCAAAUGAUGUAA